AUGAAGAGUGGCGCGUUUCUGGAACUCAAAACGGUGAAAAAAGGUUUGCAAGUUCUUGGAAGUUGGAUCUUGGAGAUUAGUGAAUACAUUUGUUCGCCAUCGAUUGCAAUUUCCGCCAGGGAGGUAUCCCCGGGCGAUUUGUUCUAGAACGUGUGCGAUGUGGAGUUUCAAUGGUGGGGGUCUCCGUGACGUCCUUAAAGUAGUGGGAUCUGAUUUCCUCUAGAAAUGGCGGAAAAGGAAAUGUCCAUUCAUACGGACUAAUUGUGAUGAAGAAUGAAGGAUAAUCAUAUAGGCGCACGGCAUCUAUGAGAUACAGGUUCUGAUGCUGCCAAAAGGUCUUCGAAAAUGAUUUGUUUUCGAAGCUGCGAUUGGGCGAGCAACCGGAGGCCUUGGAGGCAUUCACUGCACCAGUAAUGGUCUUGAACAGCCACCGGUCGUACUGGUACUGUAAGAUCUCGAAAUUGAUGGAAACGUCGUGGACGGGUGACAACAGCUUGUGCAUAAAGGCGAUUUUCCCACUAGCCCGAUUGUCCUGGCCUUCCAGUAUACUCUCACAGAGGGAAGUGGUGUGGUACAGGGCAGGCUACAGAGCGCACUCUACACCUCGGUAAAGUGGAGAGGAAAAGAUUUCGUAAAGGAAUGGUGGUCGUUCGCCUCUGAAAUGCAUGAGGAUGAAACGGGAGUAAGAGCUGUCUUCCUUCAAUAGCAACAGGGCGUAGACUUUCUGGAGGAAUGAUCGUCUGCAUCAAUCCUCAACAAGACAGAUCUUCUGUUGUACGAUUUGUUUGCACCACGAUAUGCGAAACGGUCCCCUUCUCUGGCGGUAGCCGUUAAACAUGCAGACAUAGUGGCCACAGUGGAUGUCAAAUGGACUGAAGAGCCGCUGAUCUUCUAUGGUGAGGUUCCGCAAGAGGAGAGGGACAUCAUCGAGGUCAGGAACGACGUAUGUGGCAUUGCUGGACUUGCACGUAUUGUGGAGGGGUGUGGGGGCCUUUCGGCGGAAUGCUGGAAGGAGCUUUCUCGGUUCUAAUUUCCCGCACCUUGGACAGAAUGUCCAGCUCUGGGAACGGGCCCAAAAUUCGAGGUCCGCGGCCUCUUCUGUGUGGAUGAGCAGCUGUCCGUCAGCGUUUUGAAGAUGAUUGGUGGCAAUAAAGGAGUCUUGGGAGUCCUCCUGUUUCUGUUGGCGUUCUUGCUGUUGCUCGGCCAGCUGGUGUUGCCUUCAUUGGGGGACUGGAUAUUGCAGGAUAAAGCAAGAGUGACGUCUCUGCCAAAAAGAAUGCACAUUUUCGGCUGGCCAACCCGACGCCAUGAGGUGACUAGCAAGGAAGGGAGUGGCGUCUCAGUGUUUCGGAUAGUAAUGGCAUAUGGAGGACGCGUAACCAUGCAAGACAAGAAUCGUUUAAAGUCAUCAACACUUGUAACUUUGGUGUGUGGCUAUUUGAAGUGCAAAAGUGUAACAUACCAUCAAUGA